AUGGGGGCUCUCGACGUGCCUAAGGUCGUCCAUGGCCGCCAAGGAUGGCGUCUGAUCACCUGCAUGUGGCUCCACGCCGGAGUUGUUCAUCUGCUCAUCAACAUGCUCUGCCUCGUCAUCAUCGGCAUACGCCUCGAGCAAGAAUUCGGGUUUGUGAGGAUCGGUCUGGUCUACCUCAUCUCUGGAUUCGGCGGGAGCCUGAUGUCUGCUCUCUUCAUACAGUCCAAUGUCUCCGUUGGGGCCUCCGGUGCUCUGUUCGGCCUCAUUGGCUCCAUGCUCAAACGCAAACAAGGUGGCGGCGCUGCUAACGCUGGUGCUGGUGAUCGUGGGGAACCUGGCGCUGGGCUCCUCCCCCGGGUGGACAACUUCGCCCACAUCGGCGGCCUCAUCUCCGGCUUCCUCCUCGGCUUCGUCUUCUUCAUCCGCCCGCAGUUCGCCUGGCAGAGACGAGUAUCAGCAGCAGCGGCAGAAGCGCCGCAGCCUGGCGGGCAACCGUGUACACGACGACGGCGGCGCUGCUCAGCCGCCGGUCUCGGUGAAACGCAAGCACAAGACGUACCACUGUUCCGUGGGUACAACGCGAACGAGCACUGUCCCUGGUGCCACUACCUCAGCUGCGUGCCGACCAAGAGGUGGAGGUGCGACGCGUCGCCGACCACGUGCACGGGGACGCUGCAGGAGAACACGCUCACCGUCGUCUGCGCCGGCGGCAGGAACCAGACGUACGUCGUCGCGUCGGCCGCGGACGCGUCGCAGGACAGGAUCAACGACCUCUGCAACCAGCUCUGCACCUAG